AUGGACUUUCAAAUGUACAAUGAUGCUGAAAGAGCUCAUAUUCAAAAAUCAAUUGAGCAAAAACAGGUUACAUGUGUGAAUAGGUGUGCAGAAAAAUUUUUAAAACAUAAUGAUAGAGUUGGACAACGAUGGGCAGAAUUAAAUCAACAAAUGGUACAACAACAAAUGGAACAAUCUUCUCAACAAAAUAAUCAAUCAAAUAAAUAA